AUGCAUUUCACCACCGCUGCCCUUUCUGCCCUCCUCGCCUCCGCUGUCUCGGCCGUUCCCUUCAACUCCACUCCUUACGACAACCCAGACAGCAACAUCUUCCCAAGCUUUCACCGCUACUCAGACUGGGCGAUCUGCAAGGGAAAGAUCACCAAGGACCGCUUCCCCAACCUUCAGGCUCCCAAUCGUGAGGGCGGCUGCAUCCGGUACUAUCAGGGUAUCGACAUGACAGGCGUCGUCACAGAACAACACUUCUUCUUCAAGGACGGCUUCAAGACCGCUUGCGACUGCGCCGCCAAGUGUUUAGAGGAGCCCAAUAAGUGCACGAACUGGGUGUGGAAGCAUACCUUUAUGCCGGAGGAUGGUGGCAAGCGGUCGUGCACUCUGUAUAGCAGUCCGAACCUGCCGACUGACGUGACGCUUAAGUACGACUUGGCGAACAGCAAGGGCUUCAACCUGUUGCAGGCUACGAAUAACCCGCAAGCUGGAGCCCCUGCGCCGUUGACCUUCCUGGACGCGGCUGGAACGAUCCCCGACAAAUUUGGCGUGUCUGGCUUCAUGGUCCAGGACCAGAACGGCAGACAGUUCUGUUAA